AUUGCUGUUUUGCUAGUGAAUUGGCAGGUUUGGGGGCCUAAGGCAGUGAACUGUCAGGAAAGGGGAUUUAUUUCUAAGCCAAACCUGCCCUAAUGAGAAAUGCGUGAUGGAUGACUCAGAUACGGGAUCUAUCAUUCAGGGAAAACGUUAAGCAAACAGCAAAGCAAAAAAGAUUGGAGGGAGAGGAAGGGUUUGUUUGGCUUAAUGGAGGAAAACUAUUUACCUUCAAAUGGGAUAUGGAUAAUUGUAAAUGAGUCUGAUUUCAUCAUUAAGUUAAGGCCCCUGGUCUUUUUCUUAUAAGCAUGUCUUUAGCAGUUAGCUUCUACAUUAGAAAGUAAUGAAGCUGUUCUGUCUUUAACAGAGUUCUUUAUUUAGUUCAGCCACCUCUAAUUCCCACAGGCCUUCCAGAAAUCCCUAGGAAAUCUGAUGCUGUGCAGCCUUCCGUGUAGUUUGGGGGCCUCCACAUAGGUGGGAAGCUUUUGGAGGCUGAGGGAAAUUGAAGUCUAAACUUGAAAUCGCAGUCUCGACAUGUCCGAUGGGCUGGGCUAUCUGAGUGGCAGGGAGGGUGGAGAGCUCUGGGGCAUGAGCCGUGGCUCGUAUUUCCAGCUCAUCUGGCAAUGGGAAUAUUUUGGUGAACUUUCCAAGGUACUCCAGACUCCUGUGCUCCAAGAAAUCAGACCAUCCAGCGUGUGGAAGCCUCUCCCCGGAGCCCGUCUUCCCAGAGGAUGCUAUCCUUCAGUGCCUCCCAGCUGCCUUCAGGGCAGGGGCAGCCUUCCACCACGGAGAGCCAGCUGUCAGCUGCCUCACGGGAAGAUGCUGUGUCGACGGGGCAGCCCCAGCACGAGUGUGCCUGUGGCCACCGCCCUGGGAGUGCUGUGGUUCUGCCUCACAGGCGCCGCCGUGGAGGUCCAGGUCCCCGAAGACCCUGUGGUGGCCCUUGUAGGCACCGAUGCCACCCUGCGCUGCUCCUUCUCGCCCGAGCCCGGCUUCAGCCUGGCGCAGCUCAACCUCAUCUGGCAGCUGACGGACACCAAACAGCUGGUGCACAGCUUUGCCGAGGGCCGCGACCAGGGCAGCGGCUAUGCCAACCGCACUGCGCUCUUCCCGGACCUGCUGGCUCAGGGCAAUGCGUCCCUGAGGCUGCAGCGCGUGCGCGUGGCCGACGAGGGCAGCUUCACCUGCUUCGUGAGCAUCCGGGACUUUGGCAGCGCCGCGGUCAGCCUGCAGGUGGCAGCGCCCUACUCAAAGCCCAGCAUGACCCUGGAGCCCAACAAGGACCUGCGGCCCGGGGAUACGGUGACCAUCACGUGCUCCAGCUACCGGGGCUACCCUGAGGCUGAGGUGUUCUGGCAGGACGGGCAGGGUGCGCCCUUGACCGGCAACGUGACCACGUCGCAGAUGGCCAACGAGCAGGGCUUGUUCGACGUGCGCAGCGUCCUAAGGGUGGUGCUGGGCGCCAACGGCACCUACAGCUGCCUGGUGCGCAACCCUGUGCUGCAGCAGGACGCCCAGGGCUCCGUCACCAUCACGGGGCAGCCCAUGACAUUCCCCCCUGAGGCCCUGUGGGUGACAGUGGGGCUCUCUGUCUGUCUCGUCGCACUGCUGGUGGCCCUGGCCUUCGUCUGCUGGAGAAAGAUCAAACAGAGCUGUGAGGAGGAGAAUGCAGGAGCUGACGACCAGGAUGGGGAGGGAGAAGGAUCCAAGACGGCCCUGCGGCCUCUGAAACACUCUGAAAACAAAGAAGAUGAUGGACAAGAAAUAGCCUGACCACGAGGAUGAGGGAGCUGCUGCCCCAGCCUGGGGCUCCUCUGGCUGCCCUGGUGCCUCACUGUGAGCCCUGGGCUGGGACUUCCCUGCCCCCAGCAGAUGGCUCCCCCUCUGGCGAGUCUAUUCAUUCUGCAAAGGAAGUGAUCCAUAGACCACCCUGCAGCCGUAUUUCUCCAACGGACACGAUUCCCAAGUCAUCCUGCUGCCUUAUUUCUCUGUGACAUGAUACAUAAAUCAGCCGGCUGCCUUAUUUGUUAUGGAUACAAUACACAGACCACCCCACCUCCUUGUUUCUCCAAUGGAUGUAUUACAUGGACCAUCUGGCUGCCCUUUUUCUCCCAGGGACAAAAUAUUCAGACAGACCCUCUGCCUUAUUUCUCCAAAGACGUGAUACACAGUCACCCCUUGCCUUGUUUCUGCAAUGGCCCUAAUACACUAGCGCUCACUUCUCAGCCUUUCUCUCACCUGCCUGUCCUCCCGUCUCCUCAGACAGGGCUGCUGCAGCCCCGGCAUCUUGUUGAGUCCAGAGGUGUCUCCUGCUCUGGGCCCAGUGUUGGCCUUUUGCCUCCCUCGCUUAGUGAAGACAGGGCCCUGCCCUGGGCACGCAGACACGCAGGUGCAUGUGCUGGAACACGUAACAACCUCCCGGGCCCAGUUUCUUCCUUGGUGCCCUGGGCUGUGCCCUGUGAGCCCCCCACCACCCAGCCUCCCCAGGGCAAGCGUGUGCUGGUCACACUGGGUCUCUGGGCCGCUGUGUGGGCCCCCUGGGGGUCAGCUUCUGUCCCUCUGCUUUUCCUGCCUUUCCUUUCAUUUGUCCAUUCAAGUAAUGUUCAUGAGCAUGCAUGGUGCAUCAGCCCUGUGUCCGGUGUCCCUGCGUGAGAAGACAAGCCCCUCCCUCCAGCAGCUGGACCUGCAGCUGGGAAACUCAUGCGGAAACAGCGGUUCAUGUGGGGCGUCCUGCCUUGCUCCCUCCUGUACUCUGUGCCCACAGCUCCCUGGAUACCUCACCCCCGUGCCAUCCUUAGCCCUCACCCGGAGUGGAAGGCGGGGACAGGAACCUGGAGAGAGGGAUGGAGCCUCUCGCCGCCACUGAAGGAUCUUAUGGUUUCCACAGUGUCUUUCCAGGCGUGAGCAGCUUAGCAGGCAGCCAAGGCCCAGGAGACCUGGAGAGCUGAAGCCUAGGGGAAACCUGGUGCCUCUCCUCCUUGGCGGGAGCCUGGGGCGGGGACACAGCCACCCGUCCCUGCUGUGCUACUGUGGGGCUUGUCUCUGGCCGGCCCCCAGCCUCCGGCAGAGUAAACUUCGGAUGUUCUGGUGUUUUCGCCGACAUAUCUCCCUUCUCCAGGAAUGGAAGACGUGGGGAUUUCUAAUUUAAAAUGUGGGGCUCUGAGGAAUUUUGUUAACUGGGGGUGUAUUUUGGGAAAAAUAAAUGCCUUCGUAGAAAGUU